AUGUCCAUAAAUGACUACCUUAGAUUCAAUAGAGGUCAGUGUUCUGCGAUGGGCGGUACAACUACGUUCAUAGGCCUUGCACCUUUUCCUCAGCCACUUUGGGAUGUGAUCUUGAACACAAGUGGCCAGCCUCGUCGUUCUACGCCGAGUGAGGUGGCGAUGAUCCUAGCUUUAUGUGAAUCGGUAGGCAGGGCUCGAGUGGGCUCCGGUCGGGAGGGUAGCGAUCCUGGCGAACUGGCAAGAGGGACUGGUGUGAUUGAGGCGAAAGUGUUAGCAAGUGGUUUCUUGCUCCGUUUGCUCGUCUGCCUUGUGUGGAUAUUCGUCAGCAGUCUCGCUGUACUCCUCGAUAUUGCAUUCAUGGCAACUGCUCUUCAUUACAUUGCCACCGUACUAAGUUUAAACUCUUCUUUUUAG